CUCAUGUCCCUUCACGACUAAGCCACAUCUUAGUUAUAAUUCAUUACAUAAUAUACAAGCAAUAUAUAUAAUAAUAGAUACAUGUACACAUAUCCUUUUCUCUCUGCCCGCUGAAGGUACCGCUUGUUUCUUCUCCAUCCAAUAUUCUUUGCCAGGUUGAACCAGUUGCAAAUAUGGGCUCGGCGAUAUCCCGGAUGGUGAAAAUGCUGUUUGCCAAGAAAGAAAUGAGGAUUCUGAUGGUGGGUCUCGAUGCUGCUGGAAAAACAACUAUUCUAUACAAGCUUAAACUUGGAGAGGUUGUUACUACUAUACCCACCAUAGGUUUCAAUGUGGAAACUGUAGAAUACAAAAACGUGAGCUUCACUGUUUGGGACGUAGGAGGACAGGACAAGAUUCGACCGCUAUGGAGACACUACUUUCAGAAUACACAGGGUCUAAUCUUUGUGGUGGAUAGCAAUGACAAAGAAAGAAUUUCGGAAGCCAGAGAUGAGCUCCAUAGAAUGCUCGGUGAGGAUGAAUUACGUGAUGCAACAUUGCUUGUAUUUGCCAAUAAGCAAGACCUUCCAAAUGCCAUGACUGUUUCUGAAAUUACAGAUAAACUGGGCCUACACUCCCUCCGUCAACGCCGCUGGUACAUUCAAGCGGCUUGUGCCCCUUCUUGCCAAGGACUCUAUGAAGGUCUGGAUUGGCUAUCCAGCAACAUAUCUACCAAGGCAUGAUGAGCCGGCGGUCCUUCAACUUUAUACCUUCUAAUCUUAGUAAAUCUCUGAUAAUCUUUUACUAGAAUAAACAGUCUGUUUUUUAAUACAGGCAUAAGCAAUCGGCAAACCUUUACAGCUCUGGGUUAUCACAUCAAUCCCAGAGACAAAUAUAAACUACCAACAGGAUACAUAUUAUGAAUGUGACAAAGAUUAAUGUACUUGUGUGAGAAUUUUUUA